AUGAGCGCCCCUGUUUUCAACUUUGGGGCUGAGCCCCAGUUAAUGCCCAAAACACCAUCACAGAGGAGACGUCCCAAGAAAAGGCCGUCCUCCUGCCUGAAAGAUGAAAAUAAGGAGCCAAACAGGAGGAGGUUGUCCAGAAGGAGAAGCAGCAUCAAGCCAAGUUCCCAAAGGCGCCACAGCAAAGAGCAGCCCCAGAACCCCGGCUGUCAGGGGGAAGAGGUGCCUGUGCCCGGCGGUGCGGCGGGGCCUCGGGACAGGGUUAAAACUGAGCUCCCCGCGCUGGCUGGGAAACGGCCCGCGGAGGCCCAGGGUCCGGUGGCAGAGGCGGGUUGUCAGGACUGCCCGCGGGGCGCCGAGAGCCGUGGCCCAGCCCGCCAGGCUGUCACGGGGGGGCAGCUGCCCGAGGGGGACGCAGCCACUGAGCGGCACGAUGCCUCUUCUGUCACCGAGAUCCCCGCUGGCCAGGCGGCAAGGGAGGGGAAGGAGGCCCCCAAAAGAAGAGCAAGCACCUCCACUCCCAAGGCUGCUAGAAAUGGAGAUCGAUCUCCUCAAGGCCUCGAAAAGGGGCUUUUCCAGGACUCUGACAGCAAAACAACUACAGCGAGAUCCAAAACGCGCCGUUGCUCUGGGCGCGUUGUGGGUGGCCCCCACAAGAGCCGUAGGGCCUCCUUGGCAGAAAAAUAUUCACUGGCCAGCAAAAGAGAGAGCAUGAUCCGGCGGUCUAUCAGCAGGGCCAUUUCGAAGAAGGCGGCGGCGGCGCGAGAAUCGUCCUCUGCCUCCAGCAGAGUGAGCUGUCAAAGCUCCUUGGAGGUUUUUGUGGAAGAAGAUGUGACCAGCAGCAUGAGACCUGGACUGGAACUGAAUCCCCCAAGUGAAAAGAGUCCUGAAGAUGUCCUCGUUUCAAGCAAAAGUAUGCAAGCUGCCAGCCCUCCUGCCCAGCGCUUUUCUCCUCCUGAGCAGCAGGCAGGGAACAAUGAAGGAAGCUGUGUAAAUCCAAACAGCGAACGCCAGAACAAGAACCAGGAACAGCCCCACUGUGCCAAGUCCCAGGAGAAUCCCUCACGCAUCUGGACGAGAAGCUAUAAACAAGCAAUGGGGGUUAUAUGGAAUGGGCAGCAGCCAGGGGGUCACACCCUUUCCCCUUUGGGUGACAAGCACAAGAGUUCAGCAAACCAGACUCCACCUUCCUCCUCUCCGGCUAGCAAGGUUGUUAGACCAUUGAAAAACUUCCUGCAGGCUGUGCAGCGAAACCAGCUGCUCGCGAGCCCGGGGCCCACAGGACGCGGGGGUGUCAUAAAGAACUUCAUCAAACGCAAUACUCCCACCCGACCUGAUCUUAAGGAGAAGGAGCGGCAGAGACUGGAGAGCCUCAGGAAGAAGCAGGAGGCUGAGGAACAGAGGAGAAAGAAAGUGGAGGAGGAAAAGAGACGGCGGCAGGCAGAAAUGAAGCAGAAGAGGGAAGAGCGCCUGGGAAGGAGGAAGGCACUGCAGGCUCGGGAGCGGGUGGAACAAAUGGAAGAAGAGAAGAAAAAGCGGAUGGAGCAGAGGAUUUUACAGAAUGAUGAGAAGGUGCGCCUCUCGCAAGUGCGGGAAGAGAAAGUGGCAGAGGAGCGGAGCAAGAAAAAACUGUCGAAGAAGAAUGGGGAAGCUGAUGCAUGGAAGCAGAAAGCGCUGAGGGCGGAGGAAGAUGAAUUUGAGCAGCAAGAACCACUGCAGAAAAGGAGAGAGGAUGAAGUGAAAGAAAAAGGAAAGAAAGUCUUGGAACUGAAAAAUCUUAUAGAGCAGCAUCAGGUGGAACACGUGAAGGAGAGGUCCAUGACAUUCAGACUCCUGUUUGGGCUGUAUAAUUUUAAUGAAGGUCUAAAUUCUUCAUAUGUUGCCAGCAACCGGGCUGGAGAGGAAGAUGGUCUGCAGCAGCCUCAGCAGCAGCUGGGAGAGGUGAAAAAAACCAAGCAACCAGAAGCGUUGACUGCUGCCUCUGGCACAUGGCUGAGCGAAACCGUAAAGAAAUCUACCUCCACGUCCCACUUAGGGCCCCCAAAGGGCACAAAGGAAUCCAGAUCCCCAAAGGUAAACGAAAAUAACUACGGGAUGGAUCUGAACAGCGAUGACUCCACAGAUGAUGAGAAUGAACCUCGGAAGCCUGUCCCCGCCUGGGCUGAUGGCUCUCAGCUCAACCAAGCCAUUUUACACCAGUACUAUCACCCAGUGAAUGUCGACCAACUCUUUGGGCUAAUCCCAAGCCCUAAGCUGGAGGAUAUUUUUGGCAAGAGCAAGCCUCGAUACUUCAAGCGCACGAGCUCAGCAGUUUGGCAUUCCCCGCCUGAGACCAAAUCCGCCUGUGGCCCGUCUUGCAACUUCAAAAACUGA